AUGACAUUUGAUAUUAUGAUCAGCUAUUCACACGCCGAUAAGCAAGUUUGCACACAAAUCUAUGAAGAACUUACUCGAAAAGGAUUUCGAGUAUGGAUUGAUUUUGAUCAAAUGCAUGGCAAUGUCAUGAAUACAAUGGCUUACGCUAUCGAACGUUCAAAAACAAUCAUCAUUGGUAUGAGUGAAAGCUAUCGACGCAGUAGUUAUUGUCGAACAGAAGCAGAUUAUGCAUUUCAGCGUCGACUCAAAAUUGUUCCUAUUCUUUUACAAAAUCACUACAAACCAGAUGGCUGGCUUUUAUUUCUUAUCGGACAAUUAUACUACGUUGACUUUACAAAAUAUGAUUUUCCACAAGCUUUCGAUGCAUUAAUGAAAGAAAUCAAAGUUCCAUUUACUUACGAUACUACCGAUCGAAAUGUCGAAGUUAGUCAAGAAUCCGAUGUAGUAAUUGUCAGUUCACCGAUACAGUUAUCAACAUUUUUGCCAUCAGCACUUCCUGAUAAUAUGCUGGAUUGGUCCCAGGCACAGGUAUCACAGUGGUUGUUCGAUCAUAAUCUCAUACAUAUGGCUCGUCUUCUUUCCGAUUAUGAUGGACGAAAUCUGGAUAGUAGAAAUACAGCACAUGGACCCGAAGAACAUCAUAAAUUAAUAGUUGAUUCAACUUCUAUUGCUGUUCCUCAACCAGAAGAUUCACAACAACGUAAAACUUAUUUUCAUUCGAAAAGUGCAACGAAUUAUGCAUUUAAAAUACAAACAGCUUGUGAUUUUAAUCAUUGA